UAGUAGACCAAUUACGUCGUCAGAAUAGACCAAACACCACCAAAUCCUCGAAGCGCCCCCAACCCUUUUCAAAGUUCAAAGCAAAUGACCACACAAAAAUGGCGUAAUCAUGUUCUCAUUCACUUGCUACGCAGUUCUCACCUACCACUUUCCUCGCUGCCUCCAAACUCUCCCUUCCUUAAAAGGGCAAAGCCCUCUCUUAUUCUUCCUCUCACGUAACCAGACACCAACCUCCCGAAAGAAACCUUUUCGAUUCCGAAGUCUCUCCCUGUCAAGACGAAGACCAAUGGGUUCCCUCUCAGCCCUCGAACGACCAUUACAGUAUCCAAUCGCUCGCCGAGACGACAUUAUAAUUGACGAUUACCAUGGUGUAAAAAUUGCAGAUCCCUAUCGCUGGCUUGAAGAUCCUGAUGAUGAGGAAGUAAAAGGGUUUGUACAGGAACAAGUUAAAUUGACAGAAUCAGUAUUAAAGACAUGUGAUGCAAGAGAAAAACUUCGUGAAAAAAUCACCAAGUUAUUUGAUCACCCGCGAUAUUAUACGCCGUUCAAGCGAGGGGACAAGUAUUUUUACUUUCAUAAUACUGGGCUUCAAGCACAAGACGUCCUCUUUGUGCAGGAUAGUUUAGAGGGAGAGCCAAAGGUUUUGCUUGAUCCAAAUGGACUUAGUGAGGAUGGGACAGUGUCCUUGAAUACACUUUCGCUUAGUGAGGAUGCUAAGUACUUGGCUUAUGGGCUUAGUACGAGUGGAAGUGAUUGGGUUACAAUUAAAGUUAUGCGUGUUGAGGAUAAUAUAGUUGAGGCUGAUACUUUAAAUUGGGUUAAGUUUACCGGUAUUAGUUGGACACAUGACAGCAAAGGGUUUUUCUAUAGCCGAUACCCUGCUCCCAAAGAGGGAGAAAAUUUAGAUGCUGGGACGGAAACUAAUGCAAAUCUUUAUCAUGAGCUAUGCUACCACUUUGUGGGUACGGAUCAAUCCGAAGAUAUACAAUGCUGGAGAGAUUCUGAAAACCCCAAAUACAUGUUUGGAGCUGGUGUGACUGAUGAUGGAAAGUAUCUUCUCCUAUAUAUUUCAGAGAAUUGUGAUCCAGUCAACAAAGUAUACUACUGUGAUAUGUCAGCAUUUCAUGAUGGCCUUGAAGGUUUUAAGGGAGGAAACGCCCUGCUCCCUUUUAUUAAGCUAAUUGAUGACUUUGAUGCCCAGUAUCAGGAGAUAGCAAAUGAUGAUACUGUAUUUACUUUCUUGACUAAUAAAGAUGCCCCCAGAUAUAAAGUAGUCCGGGUUGAUUUGAAGGAGCCAAGCAGUUGGAUUGAUGUUGUUCCAGAAUCUGAAAAGGAUGUCCUUGAAUCAGCAUUUGCUGUUAAUGGUGAUAAAAUGAUUGUCUGUUACCUGAGUGAUGUGAAGUAUGUAAUACAAAUAAGGGAUUUAAAAACAGGAUCUCUGCUGCAUCAAUUACCAACUGACAUUGGUUCAGUUACUGGGAUAUCGGCAAGGCGAAGGGAUAGUACAGUAUUUAUUGGGUUUACUAGCUUUCUCACCCCUGGAAUAAUAUAUCAAUGCAAUCUAGACUCCGAGGUUCCUGACAUGAAAAUAUUUCGUGAAAUUAGCGUGCCAGGAUUCAAUCGAUCGGAGUUCCAAGUGAAUCAGGUUUUUGUGCCUAGCAAGGAUGGUACCAAGAUACCGAUGUUUAUUGUGGCCGAGAAGAAUAUAACAUUGGAUGGGUCACACCCAUGUUUGUUAUAUGCCUAUGGUGGAUUUAACAUUAGUAUUACACCAUCAUUUAGUGUCAGUCGAAUUGUUCUGACAAGGCAUUUAGGUUCUGUUUUCUGCAUUGCAAAUAUUCGUGGUGGUGGAGAAUACGGCGAGGAAUGGCAUAAAGCGGGCUCACUUGCGAGAAAGCAGAAUUGCUUUGAUGACUUCAUUUCAGCUGCUGAAUACCUUGUAUCUGCUGGCUAUACCCAACCAAAGAAGUUGUGCAUUGAAGGUGGAAGCAAUGGCGGGCUGCUUGUUGGGGCUUGCAUAAAUCAGCGACCUGACCUCUUUGGUUGUGCUCUGGCUCAUGUUGGUGUUAUGGACAUGCUGCGAUUUCACAAGUUUACCAUAGGUCAUGCUUGGACUUCUGACUUCGGCUGUUCAGACAAGGAGGAAGAGUUCGGUUGGCUAUUCAAGUACUCGCCACUGCAUAAUGUUCGCAGACCAUGGGAACAGCAUCCUGAACAACCUUUUCAGUACCCAUCUACCAUGCUAUUGACUGCUGAUCACGAUGACCGAGUUGUGCCGUUACACUCACUGAAGUUAUUGGCUACCAUGCAAUAUAUUUUGUGCACGAGCUUGAAGAACAGUCCCCAGACCAAUCCAAUAAUAGGUCGAAUUGAUUGUAAAGCUGGACAUGGAGCUGGACGCCCGACUCAAAAAUUGAUUGAUGAAGCAGCUGAUAGGUAUAGCUUCAUGGCAAAGAUGUUGGACGCUUCUUGGACUGAGUAGGAUCAGAUUUGGAAGUAAAACAAGGAAAAUAUACAUUUGAUUGACGAAGAAAGGACAAAUAGCAAAUGCUUUGCUCAAAUUGUGUCCAUCAUUCACAACUACGUAAAAGAUUUUCUUUUUGUUAUGAAUUUUCAGAUUCUAAUUACCUGAAAAUCACAUCCCAUUUCUCUCAAUUGAUUAAUGCUUUUACUAGGAAAGAAUGGGUUUUGCAACCCGACAUUUCGAGAAUAUUUUUGUACUCUCACAUAACAUUUUAAGUUUUUAAAUUAAAACAAUUAUUUAAUACGAUAACAUAGCUAAA